AUGCCUGCUACCUGGUUGGACCCAUUAUCUCCCUACUUGGGCACAAUUCAUAGUGGAAGCUGGACUUACCGUCGAAGUGCAUUCUACUUAGGUUUGACACUGGCUAUGGUCAAGUUAUGGAACACCAAGCUCAAGCUACCCAAGCUCCUUUUCUUCUUCUAUCGAUAUUUCUCCCUACUUGUCUGUUCCGUUUGGGUGUUCAAGAUUAUCUCGUGGCUGUGUGCGGAAGACAGGUUUGUUGUUGCCCCUGUUACGGCCAUGUUUUUUGCGUGUGGGGGGUGCUUCAUUGGGGGAGCCAUAGCGGACCUACCUCUUAGCCAUGUCCUCCAACCUGAGCUUGGAAUGUGCAUCAUCAAUGAACUUAGUCUGACGCCAUACUUGACUAGUGUUCCUGUUAUGUCCAUGGACUUUGUAUUGGUCCUUUUGAUCGGGGGGAAGUCAAUCGCCUACCAGAUGAAUGUUCCGAACAAGAAAUGGAUGGGUGCGAAUUUGAUGAAGACCCUCGCCCAGCGCGCGUUUUUAUGCUAUUUAUGUAUCUUCUUAGCAACGCUGCUCCAGCUAGUGCUCUUCCUGACUAACCCGGUGUUUCUCUCUAUAUCUGCGGGAAUAAUGUUCACCCUCCUUCCGAUCGCAAUCAACCGCCUCGUCCUGGGAUUGCACCAAAUGAGUGCCAGUGAUCUUGCUUCGUCAGGAGCUGCUUCAAAGCACUUUGGUGUUUGA